CUUUCACGCCGUCCGGGAAAGAGGGCAAUAUUGAAUUGAGAACUCUCGGCCCAUUUUAUCCAUUCAUAUCUGUCAAUAUGCGCCGUUCUGUACUACGGGCCGUUGAGUCCGCAAAGCCUCUUGCCCGCGUGCCUCGUUCCGCGUCUAGAGGCUUUGCUACUGUUAAUGAGAACGGUUCCAAGGACCCUGCCGAGCUUGAUCAGAUCACCACUUUGCCCAACGGUAUCCGCGUCGCUACGGAAUCCCUGCCUGGGCCCUUCUCUGGUGUCGGAGUUUACGUCGAUGCCGGAUCUCGCUAUGAAGAUGAGAGUCUGCGGGGUGUGAGCCACAUCAUGGAUCGUCUGGCUUUCAAGUCGACCAAGUCGCACACCAGUGAUCAAAUGCUUGAGGUUUUGGAGAGCCUUGGAGGAAAUAUCCAGUGCGCUUCCUCUCGUGAAUCCUUGAUGUACCAGUCUGCUAGUUUCAACUCCGCUGUCCCGACGACUCUGGGACUGUUGGCUGAGACUAUCCGGGAUCCUCUGAUCACAGAAGAAGAAGUGCUUCAGCAGUUGGCUACGGCUGAGUAUGAGAUUGGAGAGAUCUGGUCCAAGCCUGAGCUCAUCUUGCCCGAGCUGGUACAUACCGCGGCCUACAAGGACAACACACUGGGAAACCCUCUGCUUUGCCCGCAUGAGAGGCUGGGCGAGAUCAACAAAGCGGUGGUUGAUAAAUACCGUGAAACCUUUUUCAACCCAGAGCGCAUGGUUGUCGCUUUUGCUGGUGUGCCGCACGCUGAGGCCGUCAAGCUUACAGAGCAGUACUUUGGUGAUAUGAAGACACACAAGAAGACGGACGGUCCUGUUCUCUCGGGCACGGGCAUCGAGACUACUUUGUCUGAAUCCCAGUCCGCCGCUGAGGAGGGCCAGGUGCCCACCAUUCCCCAGUUCACUCCGUCAUCCACCACAACUACUACCGCAGCCUCCCCCAAGUCGGGAUUCCUUUCCAAGCUUCCCUUUUUGAAGAACCUCUCCAGCUCUGGCUCGCAGAAUUCCGCCACGUCGCCGCUUGACCCAUCAUUGGUGCAGUCGUCGACGUUAGAUCUCAACCGUCCUUCCCACUACACCGGUGGUUUUCUCUCUCUUCCUCCGAUUCCUCCCCCUGCAAACCCCAUGCUGCCUCGGCUGAGCCAUAUCCACCUUGCCUUCGAGGCCCUUCCGAUCUCGAACCCUGAUAUCUAUGCUCUGGCAACCCUCCAAACACUCCUUGGAGGUGGCGGUUCCUUCUCUGCCGGUGGUCCCGGUAAGGGAAUGUACUCGCGUCUCUACACCAACGUGCUGAACCAGCACGGAUGGGUCGAAAGCUGUAUCGCGUUCAACCACAGUUACACGGAUAGCGGAAUCUUCGGUAUCUCCGCAUCUUGCAGCCCGACACGGACUACCGAGAUGUUGGAGGUCAUGUGCCGCGAGUUCCAGGCCCUCACUCUCGACACUGGCUACCAAGCCCUGCAGCCGCAGGAGGUUAACCGUGCGAAGAACCAGCUUCGCUCUUCGCUCCUCAUGAACCUAGAGUCGCGUAUGGUGGAACUGGAGGACCUCGGACGCCAGGUCCAGGUGCACGGCCGCAAGGUUGGUGUCAAGGAAAUGUGCGCGCACAUUGAGGCUCUGACUGUGGAGGACCUGCGCCGGGUUGCUCGGGAAGUCUUUGGUGGUCUUGUCGAGAACAAGGGCCGUGGCACUGGCAGGCCCACCGUUGUGUUGCAGGAAGGCGAGUUGGAGGGUUACAAGCUCCGUCCUUUCCCCUGGGAGGAGAUCCAAGAGCGGAUUGCCCGGUGGAAGCUGGGAAGGAGGUAAUUUGCCGUGCAGUUGAAGCCCCGACAUCGCAGCGACUACCUGUGCUGUUCACGGGGUCUAGAGGGAUGUAACACUUCCAUUUUCUUCACUCCAUGUAAUUAGAGAUAGCCAUAUACAAUCAUGUACAAUAUAUAUUGCCC